AUUCACAGAACACGAAUGCGAGAUCUUGCGGGCGCAAUACGAUACCGAAAUGAGCAUCAUCCGCAAAGAUUGGACUGAACGAAUGGAUGAGAUUCGCUGGUCCCACGAAUGUGAGAAAGCGAUACUAGUUGAGGAACACAGAUCAGAAAUGGAUUCUAUGACCAAAAGGCUCUGAGAAACUGAUCAGCAGUGCAAGCCCCACCUAGAUGAGUUGGACUGAGCAUAUUAAAAUGGAUCUUUCACCAUCCAGCGGUAGGUUCAACCGAUCUCUAGAAUCUAGGCAGGCAAGCUUUUACCCUCAAGGGUCUGUCCCCCGGGCCAUGCCCGUGCAGGGCCCCCCAUAUGUGUACCUAUACCCUCAACCUGGCUACCAAUCAAUCGCGUGCAUCCCUGGACAAUAUGCUCUACAUGCACAACCAAUAUCACGAAACUCCUCGCUGAUAUCAGAACAGAGAUCGGCUUCAAGCAUAGGACAACCUCAAACUUCUUCUAUGACACCUUCUAUCUCUCGUACUUAUACUCCCCAGCCAAAAGCUAACUCAACACCAUUCCCUGCCUUUACUACACCGAGCGCUCGAGCUCACUGGCCGCCUAUCAUUACAUCUACUCCUACGCCUCCACCAACAAUUUCGACUCCUCAACAUGCCCGGACUAGUACUGCUUGUGUCAGCGGCAAGACACGAGAGCAGCAUCAUGUCGCGCUCCAGGAGCGGCUCAAGAAAGCCGCGGAAGCUGACAGCAGUCGCAGAUUAAGCAGAGGCGAAAAAGAUGCAAAAACUGUUAAAUCCAAGUUGAAAGAAGAGCAAAAGGCAAAGGAAGAAGCAGCGCCGUUGCGAGGGCUCUGCAGGGAGAGGAGGAAGAGUUGGAGCGUCUAAUCCGUGAAAUGGGGGACGCGGAAGCCGAGCGCGAGAAGGAGGAAGUCAAACGUCUUACAAGGCAAGCUGCCGAGAAGGCUGCAGCUAACAAGUUCGCGGCGGAUAAACGCACGUCUCUGGACCAACUGUCUGCGAUGGAAGGCAAGUACUGGAAGCACU